CUUUUGUUUUCUAUAUUUUUUUUGCAUUUGUUGCAGAGCAUAAGACUCAAUAAUAUGAAAAUCAUAUUUCUUCUGCAAAGUUUCUCGACUUGUUUAAAAUUAAACUACUAUGUUUUUUUUUACUUAUUGAAUAACAAUACGUAACGUCAAACUGACAAUGAUGGCCAGCUGACUUGUCAAUGUCAAGGAUGUGCAAACUAUUGCGAAAUAGCACCUUCAGCAUUUUUUCAUCGUCCAACCUUGUCUAUCUUCACUAUUGUGAACGAGUCAGAUAUGUCAAGGCUAAAGAUCAUACAUAAUUUCAGUAGUGGAACGCUCUCAUAGGGGACGUGUCGUGUACAUAUGGACAUAAAAUAAUUAUUUUUAUCAAGCAAAUCACUGAUCUAACAACGAUAAUAUUGAAUUAACGCAAAAACUAAUUAAUUCGAAUUAAUAAAGUCGAAAGAAUUCACGCGUAUAUUAUUUUAAAAUUACGUAAAUCAGCAUAAGAAUCGCGUUUAAAGUUUACGUUUUGCUUCGUCGAUGUAAACAAAAGAGCUGUUAUUAAAACAAUGCGUGUGGUAAAGGGGCGUGAAUGAGGUUCGUGCAGGACGGAUUCGCGAGGACAUUUACUAGGAAACACUGGAGAAUGAGCGGCGUCAGCAGAGAUGCACCUUUAGGGGUGCAGUUUAUACAGAAACUUAGUAAUUCGUGGUGUCCGAGGCUGCAGAUCAACCGUUUGCGAUGGUACCAAGCAUCAGUUCUAGUGCUGACCUUCUUCACGUACAUGACGUACCAUCUGACCCGCAAGCCCAUAUCGGUGGUGAAGAGUGUUCUGCAUCAGAACUGCUCGGCGCUCGUGCCUCCGCCCGGCACCGACCCUGGAGACGACCAGUGGUGUAACUGGGCACCUUUCAACACGGCUGACGCCAACACGCUGCUGGGUACCCUGGAUUCUGCCUUCCUGUUUUCUUAUGCAGCGGCCAUGUUUGUAUCAGGCAUGGUGGCCGAGCGAGUGGAUCUUCGCUACUUCCUCUCACUAGGAAUGCUAACUUCUGCCAUUUUCUGCUACCUCUUCGGUGUCGGACGGACGUACAGCAUACAUAAUAUAUCAUAUUAUUUGCUGGUUCAGGCUGGUGCAGGUAUAGCCCAGACAACUGGGUGGCCGGGCACAGUCGCCAUUGUCGGCAAAUGGUUCGGCAAUAGUAAGAAAGGACUCAUUUUUGGCAUAUGGAACUCUCACACUUCACUUGGCAAUAUAUUGGGUACAAUAAUGGCGGCAGAAUACGUGGACUCUGAUUGGUCGUUAUCGUUCAUCUACCCAGCUUUAGUGAUGGGAUGCGUGGGGGCAGUGGUGUGGCUGUUUCUGCCCCCAGAGCCGCGCCUCGUGGGGCUCGCUAGCGCUGUUAAUAAUAGUAGGAACUCGCCGGCGCGGCAGUCCUCGCGAUCUGACGAGGAAGACGAUGUGGAAGAUGAUGAAGAGUCUUCCGUCAUUGUGGGAGACCAGUCAGCAAGUUUACGACCGAACAGACACUCAGCAAAUACAGCUCAACCAGAAGAAGUGACAGAGCGAACCUCCCUCCUCCGCUCGGGCGGCUCCGAGAGUGCAGUGUCCCUGACGCGAGCGCUGGCCAUCCCCGGCGUGCUGGAGUUCUCGCUGUCCCUGUUCUUCGCUAAGCUCGUCAGCUAUACCUUCCUGUACUGGCUGCCGUCGUACAUCAGGUUUACUAUGGCGGAUCUCUCAGCCCGUCAGUCAGGCGAGCUGAGCACGGUGUUCGACGUGGGUGGAGUCGUAGGCGCAGUACUAGCGGGGCUGGUGGCUGACUGUACCGCGUGUCCGGCGCUCGUGUGCGUGGCAUUCUAUAGUCUUUGUGCUCCUAUGCUAUUCAUCUACCAGUACUUCGGCGCUACGUCUUACCUGGUGAACGUAGCUCUACUGGUGAUGACUGGCAUGCUGGUGAACGGUCCAUACGCUCUCAUCACCACGGCAGUGAGCGCGGAGUUGGGCACUCACACCAGUUUGGCUGGUAACAGUAGAGCGCUGGCCACUGUUACUGCUAUCAUCGACGGUACUGGGAGUGUGGGAGCAGCCAUAGGUCCGAUGCUAGCUGGCGUGGUCUCUAGCAGGUCCUGGACCAACGUGUUCUACAUGCUCAUCGCCUGCAACUUCAUGGCGUUGUUCCUCUUGCUAAGGAUAGCAAGAUCUGAAUUCCUAAAGCUAAAACAAGAACGCCGCAUGGCAUCACCGCCGCGAGUACGUAUAGAGUAACACACACACACACACACACACACAUACUUACACAUACACACUCACAUACAAAUGUAACAUGACCAUCCAAUGGCUGACAAAACAUAUCUUACUUUUAUUAAUUCUGCCCCCGUCCGACUUUCUGUAGGACAAAUAAUAAUCGGGCCGAUUUUUUGUAGGACGUUUAUGACCGACUUUUCGUAGGACGUGUUCGUUGCACUGUUAUUGCUAUCAGUGUGUUAUAUUUCUGUCCUACAAAAUAUCGGACACCGAUUUAUCGGACGUGGGGCGUAUAAGUGUUUUGUAUUGUCAUCUUGUUUUAAUUCUAUAAAAAUGACAAGGACAGAUAUAAAUGUUAUUUUGUGUUUUUGAUAAUGUAGUGUGCCAAAGUUUUUUGUUGGAUGAAAAUAACUUUUAUUAUUGUGACAAAAAUGCUAAUGAGUUGGGUAAACUUAUUUUGUUGAUGAAAACAUUUGUACCAAAUUGUGGACUGAAGUAUAACUUAAAACAAAUAUUUCAGUAGACUAUUAAAACAACUUAUUGAAAAUAUCAAGUUUUGGGCCAAAAAAAUAUACCCAUCUAAAAAUCAUCAGUUUUCUUUGACAUUUUGGUACUUAUGGAUCAGAUUUUAACUACGUAUCAAUGACAAAGUUAGUAGACCUAAUCGUCAUUCAAAAGUUGACUUUAUGUAUGUUAAUUUAACUGUGCGUUGCAUCAUUUAACUAUAACGAUAACCGAACUAUUUGAAGUUGUCAAAUCGCCGGUUUGACCAAUAGGCGGCAAGUAUACGGCUGGUUAUAGUUUGGUUAUCGUUAUAGUUAAACUCAUUUUAACUGGGCUGUGGUACCCGACCUGAUGUUAAAUCUUAUCCUUUAACAUAAUCAAUUAAAUUAAUAAUUAUUAUUGUUCUGAAUGGAUAGUAUAAAUAAUAAUAUAGUAAAUGUGUAUAUCUAAAUCAUAUUUGUUAAAUCUCCGUGUUGUAAAAAUGUCUAAAUAAAAUAGUCGUAACUGAUAAUUAAAUACUAUUUUUAACCGACUUCCAAAAAGUAGGGUUUCAAUUCAUCAUGUUUUGUUCGAGUUCAAUCAAAUUGUAAAUAAUAUUGUAUGUCGACUACUUAUGUUAUUUUAGCUUAACCGAAUUAAAUUUUAUUAUACGUAGGCCUUAAUAGUCAAUUAUUAUUUUUCUAUUUCCAUUCAAAUGAUAUUAGUUACAUACAUUUUUGAUUUUCUAUUUCAUCCUUUUUUGAUAAUUAAUAUUACAUAACAUGGUGAUUCUAAUCAUUGGUCCUAGUUAGGUAAUCUACUUAAAGUAUUAUUUAGAACACAUACCUACAUAUAUUUAUUUAUCUACACUGAAAUAAUAAGAAGAAACAAUAUUUUGUUUGUUUCAAAAAUUAUUUCUUUGUUGGAAAGCUCGAAAUUUUACUUAACGAGAAUCGAAUUGAACAUUGACUAAAAUUUCUCGACAUCUAUAAUUCUAAAUACUAUGAAUUAAAUCCGAAUUUAUAAUUCAAAACUGUUUGAUAUUAAUUGUUUUAUCAAAUAUUAUAAUUUUCGUAUCGAAACUUUUUUACGUACCCUCUUAUAUUAGUGUACUACAAUUUUGCCGUACCAUAGAGUGAUGAAAAAAAAUAGACAUGACUAAAAUGCCAUCUCACUCGCACAAUAUUAAUAUCUUGAGUAAUCUUGACCAUCACAUAGGAAGUGGUGAAGGGCGGACAUUUUUGGGGACUGUCUCAUGACAUACUUGACGUUCGAAAAUGCGUGUUGAAGCAUUCAAAAUAUGUAAUUGAAUAUAAAACUGCCAAUUUCAUAGUAUGUGUGUUUUUAGACUUUUACACAAUAGCCUAGGUUAAUUUAUUGUAGAUAAAGACAAACCACACACACACACACACAAAAUAGAAUCCGAUCUAAAUUACAAAAUUCUUUCAUUAUCACUUUUAGGUAAACGAUUUUAAGGCAAUUGUGUAAAGGUCAUUAGUAUUAGUCAUUCCUUUCAAAUAUCUAUAUUGACCGGUUAAUCUGUGUUCAAAUCGCUUUGACCAGUCAAUGUAGAAAUAAUUUUAGUCUUUAAUGAAAUGUAUUCCUUUAAUUUUAGUUGCUUUCUGAACUAUUUUAUUUUAUUUAGCUAAAUAUGUUUUUAGUUGGCGACAAUAUUGGUCUAAAAUGUGAGCUUUGUUUACUCUACAAUUAUUAGAUUUAUUUCCAAUAUUGUUCCAACUGCACGCUGUACGUAUACGAAAAUCUCUAUUUAUGUGAAAAUAAAUAGUAUUUUGUAUGAAACUAUUCUAUGUAAACUUUAUUUAAUUAUUUGAUUUGUUUGAUCAUGGUGUUUUUUUAUUAUUAGAGAAAUGAGCUUGUAUUUCAACUUGCAAAGUACUCUCUUAUGUAAUGAGAAAAUUUAAUUUGCUUUAACUUCGAUGGUAUAGGUAUUGAAUAAUCACGCUUACUGUUUUAUUAUGUCCAUCUGUCAAACUAUCAAUGAAUUUCUAUAACCUAUCUUCUGAUUUGCGAUUAGAUAUUACAUUUUGACAUUGCAUAGCGCAAAAUCUAAAACGAAUAGAUAUAUUAUACAAAUCCACAGUACUUACAUCUUACCGUUGUGAAAUGCUUCUAUUCAAUUGACUUAUCAUCACCAAAUCAUUCCUGAUGACGUAUCAUCAUCAUCGUCUCUCGAGCCUUUUCCCAACUAUGUUGGGGUCGGCUUCCAGUCUAACCGGCUGCAGCUGAGUACCAGUGUGCCACAAGGAGCGACUGCCUAUCUGAACUCCUCAACUCAGUUACCCGGACUACCUGAUACCCCUUGGUUAGAGUAGUGUCAAGACUUACUGGCUGACCUGAUGACGUCUCUGACUAUAAUUGAUUAUUAUUUUGACGAAAACAUGCUUUAUACAUAGUAAAAAAGACCUUUUAAAAUACUGAAGUACCUAUGUGUAAAAUUCACGGGUUAAGAUUUUUUCUUAAAUUUAUCGUCAAAAUAUAUUAAAAUGGACAAGAGAAACGACGCGGGAAACGGCUAGUGUAAAAGGCAACUGAUUGAUGACUAUCAAGCAAUAUGAUAUUUAUCUCAGGUUGAACUCUCUGUAUACUUUUGUAGGUCUAUGGUCCAUGUAACUACGUAGGUAGACCCAAGUUUGCUGACAAUAUAAACGUCAGUUUUCUUAAAACAACUGGGGCCCGAUUCUGCUAAGUAAAUAAUGUCAAAAUUGAAUCGCAAUAGCAGUUUUAACCUUAGCGGCCAUUCUGCUACUAUAUAAGACCAAUCGUAUUCCAAUGACAUUCGAUUGGUUUGCGAUUGGUCUGCCAGUUGGUCUAUAUAGGGUAGUUUGCUCUACAAUCAUAAUAUUGCAAUCGUUAAUAAUUUGCAGACAAUAUGAUUCAUUAUUGAAUCACGGAAACAUUUAAAAGAAAAUAAUAGCGGAAUGCCACAUACGCUUCAAUCGUAAUUGAGUCGUGAUUGGAUCUCAGUCGGAUGUGAAUCGUAUGUCGUUUAGAAUCGCGCCCCUGUUCAUUUUGAAAAUUGAACGUGAAAAUACAUAGUAAAUACCUAGUUGUUUUAAGAAAACUGACCUCUAUGUUGUCGGUUUUGGAUCUAAAAGAGCAUUUAUAAUAAAAAUAGUAUUGUAUAUAUUGUACAAAUGUGUUUUAUAAAAAUAAACAAUUAAAAAAAUAUUA